AUGGAAUUGACUAUUUACUAUGAGUCGAUAAAAAAAGAAUGUAGUUUUGUAAAGAGUGAGAAUAAACCUUUAAUUGGUCGCGAUAUCAUAAAGAGUUUAAUAUUGAAGUUUAUAGCAUUAAGAAAGGUAAUGAUAAGAUAAUUUGGAAGUUGACAUUGGAUGAAUUGUUAAGGGAAUAUAAGCAGCUAUGGAAUGAAGAGAUUGGUACAUAAAUAAAUUAUAUUACAUAUAUAAAUUAAAAAAAUUAAUUUAUGUUUGAAACCUGGCGCUACUCCAAUUUUUGCUAAGCCUACUAGAACCAUACCUUCUACGUUUAAAGACAAAAUUGAAAAAGAAUUAGGUAGGGUAGAAAAUGAAGAUGUGAUUAGAUUAGUGAAUAACAAUGACUGGGGCACGCCAUUAGUACAAGUUUUAAAAGGUAAUGGUGCUAUACAAAUUUGUGGUAAUUAUAAAACUAUGGUAAACAAGUACCUAGAGCAUGUCAAGCAUCCCUUACCUAGAAUUGAAUAGUUAUUUGUCGCGCUACAAGGCUGAAAAACGUUUUCGAAGAUUGAUUUUAAAAAUGCUUAUAAUCAAUUAUUACUAGAUGAUAAGACUAGUCAAUUGUUAACUUGGAGUACGCAUAACGGAAUAUAUGUUGUUAAUACUUUACCUAAUGGAACAAAGCCGGCAUGUGCGAUAGUUCAAAAAAUUGCAGAGGUAUAGUUGGGACUUAAAGGUACUAUGAAACUUUUAAACGAUGUUGUAGUUACCGGAAUGACAAAGGAAGAACAUACCGAUAAUUUAAAAAAGGUUUUAGUCAGGUUAGAGAAAGUUGGAUUUCGGAUUAAUUUGAACAAAUGUAGUUUCUUUAAAAAACAAAUUUGCUAUAUAAGGCAUAUAAUUUGUGCAGAUGGACUGAAGAAAGAUCCGACAAAGAUUGAGGCCGUUUUUAGGGUACCAAGGCCGUCAGAUUCACAUGGUAUAAGAGCUUUAGCAGGAAUGAUUAAUUACUAUAGUAGAUUUGUUAAAUAUCUAUCAGGUAUACUGGAACCUAUGUAAAAAUUACUAAAAAAAGAAAGUUUUAUAUGGAAUAAAGAGUGUGAGGCAGCAUUUCUUAAGUCAAAAUAAAUUAUUGCUUCUAAGAACAUAAUAAUGCAUUAUAACCCAACAAUGAAUGUGACCUUAAAUUAUGAUGUUUCAAGUAUUGGAAUUAGUGCAGUUUUAUCUUGUGUUUUACCCAGAGCUAUAGAAGGACCAGUUAUGUACUCUGUCAUUAUUAAGGAAGCAUUGGCAAUUUUCUGGGCUAUGAAAAAGUAA